AUGAAAAAACACCUGAAUAAGAGACGUCUAUCAACUCAUGAACCUGAACCUGAAGACACUAACAAAAGAGGACAUCUGGAGGAUAAUCAGACUCUAUUUAUAAAUUCCAAUUUAGAAGAUGAUGAAAUAAUAGAGUAUUUAAGGGAACCUAAUUCUGAUUACUCAUCUGAAGAUAAUUAUUCCGAAGAGGACAGCGUGAGCGAAGCUGAGGAGUUAAGUGAUGAUGAUUGGGAAGACAUAGCAUUGGACAAUAUUAUACCCAUCAAUAUACCUCUCCAGAAAUAUAACAUUUCAACUGAAAGGCAAAAGAGAGAAAGAUUGGCCAAGAAAAUAUCAGAUGGUAAAAAGAGAAUCAAUUAUAUAAGAAAAUUAAAAUUCUCUCUCCACCUGAUCAUGAUACCUUUCAUGAUAAAUGUACUCCGAGAUAGAAUGAAAUGGUGUUAUGAUGAGAGGUUAAGUAAAAGAUUAAAACGGUCUGUUCCUAAAGCUCUUUCAAAGAAAUUUAAAAAAUGGGGUGAACUACCAAACAAAGAGAAAGAUAACAAUAUCAGAACACUUUUGUUGGGCUUGGUGAUGUGGUUUCGAGAUCAUUAUAAGAUUAACUCUAAUGGAUUCCGUCAAAAUAAUUCAAGAAUAAAUGCAUUAUUAGAGGAAAUUAAUGAGAAAGAUACAUUUAAACCGUCCAACGACAUCGAGCAUAUAUUAGAUAAUCAGGAAAAAUAUUAUGGCUCAAGAUUAUCAUUAACAUCCAAAAACUUUAAAGAAAACGUUCCGUAUUAUGGAAUCAUUAGUCAUAUUAGAUUAAUGGCUAAACGAAAGAUGGCCGGCAGAGACAUACUAACGUUAUUCUUUUUCAUUAUAUUACAAAAUAUAAUUCCCGAUAAUAAAAAGUUAUUUUUAUGUUUUGCAUUACCUCUCAUAGAUUUUGAAGCAGCUGAAAGUACAACUAAUAAUAAGAAUAAUGACUUAGAUAUUGUACCAAAUCGGUUUGAUUCUGAUCUCUUACAACCUUAUUUUUGGAUUGAAUUGUGUUUUGAUGAUACUGAUAUGUUUGUUAUAGAUCCUGUAGUUCACUUAAAUAAGGGAGAGAUCGUAGCAAAAUAUAAAGUGAAUGACCCGAUCUCAAUAUUCCAACCUAAUGAUAAAUACGGUCUUAAUAUCAAACAAAAUUUCCAUUAUGUCUUACGGAUGGGUUAUGGAUCAAACCGGUUAGAUGACGUCUCUCCUCGAUAUAUUAAAAAUUUGUAUUAUCGAUAUAUGAAACUACCACAUGACUCGAUUAUCAAAAAAUCAAGAAAUUAUAUCUCCUAUAAACAUUUUGAAAGAUGGUUAGAUAAAUACAAUCUUUUAACUGGUGAAGAAUCUAAGAAUGAUGAAGAAUGUCUGGUAAUUCAUAAGAAAAUGACUCGAAAAAAUAUCAGUGUGCCUAAGUCGCUCAAGGAAUUAAAAAAAUCGGACAACUUUAUUAUUAAGGAUAUGUUACAGAUGAGACAAACAUUGAUAUCUAAUAAUGAACCUCUCAAUUUAUCUAUGACGAUUGGUCAUCGUUCUGUUACCAAAAAAGAAUUAUUUUGGAAAAAUGAACUUGUAAACUUAAAAAGUAGACAGCAUUGGCUGAUAUUAGGAAGAGCAAUAAAGCCCAACGAGAUGCCACUCAAAUUGAAGAAACAAAGGAAAAAAUCUUUAAAGGUUUUGUACACUAGUACAAAUGAGAUCAAGGCAUUAUUUUCUUGGGAACAGACGAUACCCUCGUUAAAAUUAAAAUGUUUUUAUAUUGACAGCUUUAAUACCAAAAGAAGAAUUAGGGACGUGGAUUUCUACAGGAAUAAAUAUAAAAAUGUCGAAAUAUAUAUGGAUUAUAACAAACCAGAUGGAUUCGAAUUUGUAAACUUAAGCAAUAUAUUGGACGUUAAGGCCUUAAUCAGAGAAUAUAAUAAGUCUGUCAAAAGAGACUCAGCAAAAACUAUAAUUAAAUAUUUGGACGUUGUGAGUGGAUUUGAUUUUAAGCAAAAGCAUGGGUAUGCUGUACCUGUUAUAAACAAAAUUCUUGUAAAUGAAACCGAUUGUCGAACAGUUACUGGAUUGAUCAAGAAUCGUAGUGAGGUAAUUGGUCUUCAAUACUGGAUGAGCUUUUUGAGUAAAUUACAAAUCAAAGACAAGCUAGACAAAAGCUAUGGAAAUGUUUAA